CGUUUUCACAUUCGAUAAACAUUCAAAAUGUCUUCCAGGGCACGAAAGAAGUUGGCAAAACAAAAUGAUAUACUAAGCCAAUUUGCAGUUAGUGACGACGAUAACGAACAAUUCAUAGAUGAAAUCAAAUUCGCGAAGAAAAAUGGAACAACUCGUAACAACUUUGACCUGCUAUUGGCUGAAGAAAACAACAGAGAGUCUUCAUCUGAUGGAGAAGUUCACACCAGGAGGGAAGAUGCAGAGGUGACUGAAUUGCAAUGCAAAAAUGGAAACAAGAAAACUGGAAAAAAGAAGAAGAAAAAGAAAAAGAAAAAGGAAGGGAUUGGCAGUGAAGUGGAUGACAAUGAUUUAAAAUCAAAUGAUCUCAAAACUGGCAUUGAGGAUGAGAUUGAUAGAAGUGUAAGGGAGGUCAAUGAGCUACUGGGUAUCAAACAGACGAUGGCAAGGGAUAAUGAUAACAUGUCAAAUGAAAGUGCAGAGUUCAGCAGCAGCAGAUCAAUACUUGCAGUUGAACACAGAAAUUUGAAUCCUGAAAAUGAAAUGAGAAAGAAGUUUGGCUCGAAUGUUGUUGGUGGGGAAAGGAGGAGAAACGCACAUAGAAGGCAGCCAGCCAGAUCAGUAUGGCUAGUUAAUCCUAGACCAAACUGGAAGCCUGCAUCAAAAACAGGACUAACCAUGAAACUGUUAGAGAACAAAGACGGCGUGUAUCAUUUUACUUUUGAGCAUCUACCAUCCUAUCAAGAAAUCCAGUUCAAAUUUAUGGAAGCUGUAGAUUCUGCAAAUCACCAUAAUUUAGUUGAUCUUCUGAACCACUAUCCAAACCACAUCGACUCACUAUUGCAGUUAAGCGAAGUAUGCAAAAUAAGCGAGGAUCACCAAAUGGCUGCUGAGCUGAUUGAGAGAGCGUUGUACAUCUUUGAACGGAAUUUUCAUACACUAUUCAAUGUUACCCGUUGCAACAGCAGACUUGAAUAUCGAAGAGCAGAAAACCGGGCGUUUUUUCUUGCCUUGUUUCGUCACAUGACUUACAUCGGAGAUAGAGCUUGUUACCGUACAUCUUUGGAAUUUUGCAAGUUCAUUCUGGGACUAGAUCCAGAAGAUCCAUUAGCUGUGCUACUUCUAAUUGACUUCUAUGCCUUGAAAUCAGAACAAUACGAUUAUUUGAUUCAACUUUUCAAUGAAUGGGAGGUAUCAAAGAACCUCUUGAAGCUUCCUAAUUACUCGUUUUCAGUACCACUGGCAAUGUUCCAUUCACAAAAGUUUAAGAAUGAAAAAGCAAGCCAAAUGCUUCAAGAUGCUUUGAUCAAGUUUCCAACAACCCUGUUAUUAUUAAUGGAUAAAUGUGGAGUGGUAUUGAAAGAUGAAAUUAUUCAGCAUCCAUACUUCCAGAGGACAAAUGACAUCAAGCAGUCUGAUGGUCUGAACCGGCUGAUCGCCUUGUACGUCGGACGAAAUUUUUCAUUAUGGAAAAUACCAGAGGUUCUUGAUUGGCUGGCAGAUUGUGCGUUGGGCGCCAUCAAGCGGCUUGAAGCAAACGACCCUCUUCAAAAGCAAUGGGAACCUCUGUGGAAGUAUUUGUACCAGAAAGUCCCGUAUAACAUAUUUCGACACAUUAUUAUUUCAGAUAUAAAAGAGGCUGCAAGAUCACUACCUCCGGAAAUAAGCAGUGUAACUGUCAAUACAUACGAUCCACUACCACCUCCAGACUCAAUAUCAGGAUACACAAUACAAAGAAGGUCGCACGAAAAUGAUGCUGAUGGGUUUCUUUCUUUAUUCCUCCGUUCAUUACUACCAAGCUUUGGGACGGAAAACCAACAGCCGCCUCGAGCACCCCAGCAACCUCUACAACAAGAGGCACAAAGACAGCAGCCUCAGGGAGCGGAGGCUAUUGUCAGGCCAGGAGUGGAAAAUCGGAUAACAGAAAGUGCUCAAAGGCUUAUGGGUGCAAUGCGAGAAUUAUUGAACUCAAUGACGUACAGAGGAGAUUUAGAUGAGGUUGGAAAUGACGAUGAAGGUGGAUUUGAAGAAGCUGACUGGGAAGACCCUGAAGAAUUCUGAAAAACAACAAUGAUACAGUAGAGAUAAGAAAUUGUCUAUAAAAAGUCUCAUUUUUGAUAACUGGAAUAUUUUUUAAAUACAGACCAACUCAACAAUUUAUUUUAUUCAAAUUUUAAUUGUAGCAGAUGCAGUAUCUUGUCCAGUGAUGAAUAAAUAAUUGCACAUCUUUGUGUCAUUAA